UACCGUGUUAAUUUAUCUCUUAGGCGACAAUGCGGGAUUGAGCGUGCAAUGCUAAAAAGUAAUUAUAGAAUUAUUUUAUCUAAAGAUAUAUAGUUAUUAUACGCCAGAAAUGAAGACCGAGGAAAUGUGUUAGGUUUUUCGGAGGAACUAUAUGUUACGGCGGAGUAAGAAAGCGUGCGUAAUCCGCAUUUUCCUUUUGGAGAGUGCGGCGCCUUUUGGAGGCAGAGGAGAUUGUACUUGACGGAGCUGAGGGAUGGCGUAUGUGGGGUCGCGUCACUUUCGAAACUUAUUUCACUAGUUCAGAAAGGAGUCUAGCUUUUUAAAAUUUAUUUUGUAAUAUUUCCUGUAGCGCUAGUUUAACUGCAUUUACCCCAUUGCGUGUGCAGUGCCUAUUGCAGUCCCCCAAAUAACCAGGCACCGGCGGCUGGCUGGUAUUUUGAAAGAUUUCGGUCUGCCAUUUGAACAUGUUACCUAGCCAGGCUGGGUCGGUACCAGCGGGAAACGGGUCAGCGUCCGGCAGGGAUAACACGAGUCACGAUUCGGGCUUCCGACCCGGCUCAGUCAGGAGAGGGCUGAUUGAAGUGGCGACCGUGGCUGCACGAUCGGCGGACUGCUCAAGGAUGCUGGGGGGCAACGGAGCAGGAGUGGGAUCCAGGAUGGGGGUGAGGCAGGGUAACGGGGCAGGUCUGACCGCCCUGCAAAGCGUCGCCUCGGUCGGGGGGCUCGGUGCUCCCGGCGGCAGCAGAUACGAGCCCGACAGGGAGAUCGCCUCCCAGACGUGCAGCGGUUCUGACGCCGACUCCGACCUGGGCGACGACGACGACCCUAUGAGUUCGAGACGGGCCGUUAGGAGAGGGGUGAAGCGGGAGAGGCCGGAGAUGGAGGGCGCAGCCGCGGGGGCAGAGAUCGGCGUGUCCCCCGGAGGAUACGCCGGCGUUCCCGGAGGAGUCGCAGGGGCGAAGCCCGGCAAGAAGACCCGGGGGCGAGUGAAAAUCGAAAUGGCCUUUAUCGACAACAAGUUGAGGCGGUACACUACUUUUAGCAAAAGGAAGACCGGUAUCAUGAAGAAGGCCUACGAGCUGUCCACGCUGACGGGCACCCAGGUCCUGCUGCUGGUGGCCAGUGAGACAGGCCACGUGUACACAUUCGCCACGCGUAAGCUACAGCCCAUGAUCACCAGCGAGACGGGCAAGGCCCUCAUCCAGACCUGCCUGAACUCACCUGACUCGCCGCCGCGCUCGGAUCCGUCCAGCGACCAACGCAUGAGCGCCACGGGCUUCGAGGAGACUGACCUCACUUAUCAGGUGUCUGAGUCAGACAGCUGCGGGGAGAGCAAGGAUCCCCAGAAACCCACAUUCACUGUGGCCAGCCUGCCCUCGGUUGCCUCCACCACCAGCACGUCGGCCUCCCUGCAGGCUGGCGGUGGGGGUGGUGGUAGCCCCUCCUUCCCCAUCACCACAUGCUGGCCCAUCUCCAUGGGAGCCAGCACCAACAGCGUGGCCAGCGCCAACGGCACCGUGCUCAAGGCCCCCGGCACCUCUGGGGGGGUCAUGCAGCUGUCCAGCGGCUUCACUCUCAUGUCAAGCACGCCCCUCCCCCCUGGCACCCCCACCAUUCCAUUCAGCCAGCUGCAGCCCCAUUCGCUGACCAUCCAGGGCCAGCAGGGUCAGCCCAUCGGCACUGCUGCUGCGGGCGCCCCCCCCCAGACGCAACAGGCCCAACAGGCCGUCUUCCGCUUCCCUGCUGCCGUUUCACUUGCAGGUGGGGGGGUACCCCAGCCUUUGCAGGCCAUCCAAGUUCACCCCAGCACGCAGCAGAACUCUGUGGCCACCAGCGAGAGCAGUUCAGAGAUGUCUCAGGCCAACAGCAGCUCCUCAGUGAGCCUACCGACUGCCAUCGUCACCUCAUCGGUGCCCACCUCAGUGGCGGGUCAUGUGAUGUACCACAGCCCCCCCACGGUGAUGUACACCUCUACGCCCACGCUUGCUGAUGGCAGCAGCCUGGCAGUGCUCAACGCCUUCUCACAGGCCCCCCCCUCUAUGCAGGUGUCCCACGCACAGGCCCAAGACACAGGUGCCCUUCCUCAGGUGUUUCUCACAGCCCCCACUGGAGCAGUGCAAAUCCCGGUCUCAGCAGUGCAGCUACACCCUAUGGUGAUUGGACAGCAGUCCGGCGGCAGCAGCAGUAACUUGACGGAGCUGCAGGUGGUCAACCUGGAUGCGUCUCAUAACGCCAAGAGCGACUGACUCCAGCAAGGCCUGCUUCCCCCCCCCCCGCCAUGCAAGCGGGGGCCGGACAGUCCACAGACAGAGACUGUCACCACUAUUUAUUGAUGCCUUGUCACAGUCUUUUUCUACACAUCGGUCCAUGUGUGUGUGCCUGUCUCUCUCUCCCUGUCUUGUGGGUCUUUCUGAUCUUUCUGCGUGGAUGCAUGUGUGUGCUGUUCUGUUCCUAUUUUCGUUCUCUAUCGCAAAGUUUCUUGCGAUGUGUAUACACUGCAGUUCCUGCGGCUUCACAUUUUAGCCAAAGAUGUUUGUGUGCAUUUGUGUGUUUAUAGGAUAAGAAUGGGAACCAAGGCUGUGUGGGAAUGUAAAAAGUGUUUUUCUUUUUUAUAUCAGGCAGGAAUUAAUGUUUUAAUUCUGUCUGCGAUGCCCGUGGCUGUUAGCUGCGUGUGAGUGACAGGGGUGCUGUUGAUGCAGAUUAAUGUGAUAAUAGGACAGCAGAGGUGUAGACCGAAAGCGGGGGGGGCCAGACCUCGAUGCUUUCAUUUUUAUUUUGACGGACGUGCCAAAAUCCUGUCUCACGAGGCUCCCGAGGGGGUUGGUACUGUGCCUGCAACUCUGCUUCUUGGGCGGGUCAGUGUGUGGUUGUCUUGUGUGGAUGGGCGAGAGGUUAUAAUAACGCCACCUACUUUCUCCCUGGGUGCCCUCGGUCCCCAGUUGACGAGACGCGCUGGAGGCAGGAUCUGCUCUGUCAGAGCUUUGCUGAGGCUUCUGAUCCAAAAACUACUGACGCAUCCCAGGGCCAGCUCAUUGCUGAAGGUGGACAUUACCGGGCUCAGCCGAGCUCCAUCUGACUCCCCCACUGGCCCGUCCCUCGCAGAGCGUCCCGCCGAUGUCUGCCGCUUUGGUGGACAAUGGUGUUCAGAUGCCACCUGAACCAAGCUGACCAGUUGAAUCUGUGCAGAUGGGCGCAGAUCUCCAGCCACGUCUUGUUGGCUAAAACAAAAUCUUGGUCUGGAUUUUCACUUUCCGGACCUGAAAUUUCCACCUCUGCAGAGUUGUUAUAAGCUUUUGUAAGCUGUAAAAGUGAUGCAUAGAUAGUGCAGGGGAAUGUCUUCUCUCACACGUGGAGAAUUCUAGGGAUGUUCUGACCCACUCUGGAUCAGUAUCAUGGGCAGGCCAGUAGGUCCAGCACUGCCAAAAGGCCAGAUUCACUGGCUGGACAGAGGCUCAGGGUUGGCCAGUGGGGCAGGUAUGAGUGUUCAGCUCGGCACGUGUAACGAUGACCGACGCAGCUUUGCAUUCUUGGCCUAUCGGCUUGAAUGGGGCACCGUCACUACCUCUGGUUGGUCACGCACCCGUAGUCAUGGGGACGGAUGGUUAUUCACCAAUGAAAAAUGUGUGUUGGUCACCAAAAGAGGGGACACUGCAGCAGUAUAAGACUGUUUAUUUCUCUACUGUCUCAUGUUUGGGGAAGUUUUGCUGUUUUAUUACAGUGACCCCAGUCUCGUGUGAUUUUUCACUAUCCGGCCCGUGCAUGAGACGUGUCUUCUCUUAACCUUAAGAAGGUUCUGAGACAUUCAUUCUUUUACUUAAAUGAUUUCUCACCUGUCGGCAUCUCCUUUGGUGUUAAGGGGUUUUCUGCCUUGAUGAUGCUGAAAGAACAGGGAGAAGCUGGCCUGUACUAUCAGUACAGUUUUGUGUUUUUGUUUUUUUUGAUCAUCAGCCUAAAUUAGGCUGAAGGGAGCCAUACCAGUGAUGUUGGAUGGUCUUGUUCCUCCCUCUGUGCCUCUCUCUCGUUUGACUCCUUGUGAGCCUCUCUUAGUGCUCUCUCUAGAACUCUGCAAGUGGGCAUUGCAUGGUAUGAUUCCAAAACACUGAAGGGCUGAACACUGAAGCCAGACCUGGCAUUGGCCAUACUGUGUUGGAGGGAGCCGGGAGCUGUUUGGAGUGAGACACACUGCUCUUGAAUGUAUUGAAUGAAUCGUGCGGAUGUAGGGCAUCCCGCAUGAACGGCAAUCAGCAGACCGUGCCAUUUCCCGUCCUAUACACAAGGCCUUGUGCUUUGUUAGCUACAGCUGCGAGGGGACGGCCUCCUGUGUACAAUCGUCCCCAUAUGGGGACCCAAAUGAAUGCCCCUUGAAACUGAAUUGGAUUUUUAAGAUUUUUUUAUAUAUAUAUAUAAUAUAUAUGUAUUGGAUUUAGUAUUUUUGCCUUUCAGGUGUGGUGGAAGUGAGAUGCUUCAGAUAGCCAUUAAUGUGUUUGAUCUCCAUGGCUGUGUAAACCAUGGCACUCCUUUUUUGUGUUACCACUAAUUACCACAUCAGGGCUUUCAUUUUCCUUUCUGUUGUACUUUUGCUCCAACCUCUGGACCUUACAUGCUGUACACUAUGUGUAAGCACUCGUAAAAGACUAAUUUCAGUUUUGGAGAACACAAUAUGAAAUACGGCUUAAAAAGCUAUCUAUGCAUUUUGGCCCUAACAUUGGUUAUUAUGAAGAUUAGAAGUUUUAUCUUCAAAGGUCCAAAGUGAGAAGUGAUGGUGAUCUAGAUGGUCACCACAACCCCCCCCCCCCAUGAACAAAUAAAGAAUGAACUUUAAUAAAUGACAGAAUUGAAUUGGAAUGUACACCAUAUGUAUUAUAUGUGCUAAGUAAAGAAUAUUUUUUGUUUGUUUUAACUAACUUCCAGAGAUUAUCUGAGGAGUUAAUGUAUGUAACACAGUAACUCUGUACAGAGCAUUGUUUUUUUAAUUAAAAUACAACUGUUGAA